UGUCUAGGAGUCGUCUGGACUUGUGAUUUUAAAUGAGGUAUUGCCUUUUUUGAAGUGUUCCUCGCGUGGUUGCGUGUUACAAAUACUAACUUAGUGAUUAUGGGUGGUGAAGAACGCUUAGGGGUGACUACCGGUCAACCAAAUCUGUAUAAACAAGAUCUUUCAAAGCUAGAUGUUAGUAAAUUGACUGCGUUAUCACCCGAAGUUAUCAGUAGACAGGCUACGAUUAAUAUUGGUACCAUUGGUCAUGUAGCGCAUGGAAAAUCUACGAUUGUAAAAGCUAUAUCAGGAGUACAGACUGUUCGUUUUAAAAAUGAAUUAGAAAGGAACAUUACAAUUAAACUUGGGUAUGCAAACGCAAAGAUUUACAAAUGCAAUAACGAAAAAUGUCCAAGACCAGGAUGUUACAUAUCCGGAGGAUCAAGCAAAGAUGAUUUAUUCCCAUGUCUGCGCCCAGUUUGCUCCGGACGGUUUGAGCUGGUUCGUCAUGUAUCCUUCGUUGAUUGUCCAGGACACGAUAUCCUUAUGGCAACCAUGUUGAACGGCGCAGCAGUCAUGGAUGCUGCUUUGCUUUUAAUUGCUGGCAACGAAUCGUGUCCUCAGCCACAAACGUCGGAGCAUUUGGCUGCUAUCGAAAUUAUGAAAUUAAAACACAUUGUAAUUCUGCAAAACAAGAUAGACUUGGUGAAAGAAGCUCAAGCAAAAGAGCAAUACGAACAAAUCUUGAAAUUCGUCCAAGGUACAGUAGCUGAAGGAGCCCCCGUUAUACCAAUUUCCGCACAAUUAAAAUACAAUAUCGAGGUCUUGUGCGAAUACAUCACAAAGAAAAUUCCAGUACCAUUAAGAGAUUUCACAUCAGAGCCCCGAUUAAUUGUAAUUCGAUCAUUCGACGUGAAUAAGCCGGGCUGCGAAGUAGAUGAUUUGAAAGGAGGCGUUGCUGGAGGAAGUAUUUUAAGAGGAGUAUUAAAAGUGGGCAUGGAAAUUGAAGUACGACCUGGACUAGUAUCGAAAGACAGCGAGGGAAAAUUGACUUGUAGACCUAUAUUUUCACGAAUAGUAUCAUUAUUUGCCGAACAAAACGAACUCCAGUUUGCUGUACCGGGUGGUCUUAUCGGUGUUGGGACGAAAAUCGAACCAACAUUGUGCCGAGCGGAUCGUUUGGUGGGUCAAAUUUUGGGAGCUGUCGGAGCCUUACCAAAAAUAUUUAUUGAACUUGAAAUAUCAUAUUAUCUCCUUAAACGUUUAUUAGGGGUCAGGACAGAGGGCGAUAAAAAAGGAGCAAGGGUACCGAAGUUAUCGAGAAACGAAGUGCUCUUGGUCAAUAUCGGGUCGCUAAGUACCGGAGGUCGUGUACUAGCGACUCGCGUCGAUUUAGCUAAAAUUAGCUUGACGAAUCCCGUCUGUACAGAAAUCGAUGAGAAGAUCGCGCUGUCGCGACGCGUUGAGAAACAUUGGCGUCUGAUUGGAUGGGGUCAGAUAUGCGGAGGACAAACUAUAGAACCGGUUAUAGAUCGAAAAUAAUUCUACGAAUAUUACAGAAAAGCUGAAAAUCGGUAUAAAAAAAAAUUGAAAAUAAUUUCUACAACGAGAAAUGUUGCUUGAAAUGUUUAUAAUAAAGUAUGAAAUACAA